UCGCUCCAGGUUGCCGUGGUCCCGAUCUGAGAGAUUCCCGUUCGUUUCCCGCACCAGAAGAGAGGAGGUGGUACCGAGAGAGAGACCAGGAAGAUUAAGCAACAUCGUAACCUCAAACAACUUCACUAUACAAUGAAAUUAUCUGCAGUUAUACCCUCUCUAGAAAUCCACUGCUUCACGAUACUCUUGGUUACUUGGUUUAGCACUCCGGUUAGAAGUGAAGUAAUCACUCUGGAUGGGGGUAACAUCGAUGACAUCUUGAACAAUGCUGGUGUGGCUUUAGUGAAUUUUUAUGCAGACUGGUGCAGAUUCAGCCAAAUGCUGCACCCCAUCUUUGAGGAGGGCUCUAAUGUGGUUCGAGAAGAGUUUCCCGAUACCAAGCAGGUGGUGUUUGCUCGUGUGGACUGCGAUCAGCACUCCGACAUCGCCCAGCGCUACCGCAUCAGCAAGUACCCCACCCUGAAGCUCUUCCGCAACGGCAUGAUGAUGAAGCGCGAAUACCGCGGCCAGAGGUCUGUGUCGGCCAUCGCCGACUUCAUCCGGCAGCAGAAGGUCGACCCUGUGAAGGAGUUGCAGAGCCUGGAGGAGGCCACCAGCAUUGAUCGGAGUAGGAGAACCAUCAUAGGCUACUUUGAGAGGAAGGAUUCUGAGAACUACAGCACGUUUGAGAAGGUGGCCAACAUCCUACGAGAUGACUGCGUCUUCCUGGCUACCUUCGGGGAAAUAUCGAAACCAGAGCGCUUCAGCGGAGAUAACAUGAUCUAUAAACCCAUCGGGGAGAGUGUUCCUGAUAUGGUAUACCUGGGCUCCCUCACCAACUUUGACCUGUCGCACGCCUGGGCUCAGGACAAGUGCGUGCCACUGGUGCGCGAGAUCACCUUUGAGAACGGCGAGGAGCUGACCGAAGAGGGGAUCCCGUUCCUCAUCCUGUUCCACCUGAAGGAGGACCACGAGAGCUUGGAAAGGUUUCAGCAGGAAGUGGCCCGUCAGCUGAUAAGUGAAAAAGGUUCCAUCAACUUCCUCCAUGCCGACUGCGACAAGUUCCGACACCCCCUGCUGCACAUCCAGAAGACGCCAGCGGACUGCCCCGUCAUCGCCAUCGACAGCUUCCGGCACAUGUACGUCUUCCCGGAGUUCAGCGACUUGACGGUUCCGGGCAAGUUGCGGCAGUUCGUCCUGGACCUGCACUCGGGGAAACUGCACCGGGAGUUCCACCACGGCCCAGACCCCACCGACACCACCCCCGGACAGGAGGACAGCAGAGUGGUACAGAGCAGCCCCCCCGAGAGCUCCUUUCAGAAGCUGGCUCCCAGUGAAACCCGCUACACUUUCGCCAGGGACCGGGAUGAGCUGUAGCCUUCCUGUGGACACUGGGACGGAUGGACCGGCGGGAAGGAGGUCUCACCACAGCGGGAAAGGGGAACCGUCCCCGCCAGGGAAGGAAAGGGCCCUCUAAGCACAUCACAGCAACGGGAAUAACCUAUAUUUUCAUAACUCUUGUGUGUACAAUUUUUAUUUUGGAUAAUGAGGAAGAAACAAAAACUUCUGGGGCGAGGGCAGAGGAAUAAGGCCAAAAAAAAA